CCUAAACUGAUCAUUUCAAUCAUCCAAUCAUAGUAAAGAAAUUUACAUCAAGUAUAUGAUUGGUUGAUUUAUACAGAUUCUAUAAAUAACUAACAUUUAUUAGCUUAAUUAUGAUUGGUUCGUUAAUCAACAGAUUUUCAAAUAAUUAAUAUUAAUCUGUAAAUAAUAAAUCAUAUUUUAAAAAUGAUAUUCAAAAUAUCAUAUUCAUUUUAUUAUAUUAAAAGUUAACAUCCAUUUAUUAAAUCAUUCAUUAAAAAUGAAUAAUCUUCCACAGAUUUUAAUUGAUCCAAUUAUGAAUGAAAAGGAUAUAUUAGAGACAAUAAAUGAACCAACUGAAGAUUGUAAAUCAUUAACUGUACCACUUUCGAAAUUUUAUAUUAACAAUGACAAUGAUAAUAAUAAUAAUAAUAAUGUUGACAAUAAUGGUAAUUGCAAUAACAACACAAAUUACAAUCAAAAUGAUGGACAUAUGAAUUAUAAUAAUCAUUUAAAUAAUAUUAUUGAUCAUUCUAAUAAUUUAGGACAAACUAUAGUUGGAAAAAUAUAUAUAAGAUCUGUGAAUUCAUCAAAUUCAUCAGAUAAAUAUAAUCAACUUGUAUGGGUACAAAUUUAUCAGAAAUCAUCAUCAAUUUCAUCAAAACUGAAUACACAUAAUAUAGAUAUUCCAACUUUUGUAUUAUUAUUAAAAACAAGAAUAAAUCCACAGAAUUCUGAAUAUACACCAGAUUAUUAUUCACCACCUUAUAUGACAUUUAAUUUAAAACAUACACGUUCAAGUCCAAUAGAUGAGAAACAUUUUCAUAUUUAUACAAGAUGUGGAGAAGGUAUAACACUUGAAGGUGAAAUAGCUGAUGAACAUUCUGUAUCUUACUGGUUAUCGAUUUUUAAUCAAAAUACAUUAAUUCCUAAUCAUAUGGAAUUUAUUCGUACAAAUGAAAUAAAAAUACGUUCGGCUCCUAAUUCACCUAGACAUAUAAGACGACGAAAUAAUAUUACUACUGAUAUUAAUAAUAAACAUUGUUUCAUUGAUAAUCCAACAAAUUGUAGUACACAUUCAAUUUCUCGUAUGUGUAUAUUUGAAACACUUAAUGAAACACAAGAAUUAGAAAGUGGAGUAUGAUGGUAAUUUUUUUUAAAAAUUUACAAUGUAAUCAUCAUUUGUUUGUUUGUUUUUAACAUGUAAAUUGUCUUACAAUGUUUAUUAUUACAACAUUAUUCAUGUUAUAUCAUUCAUAAUCAUUAGCACUUUGUUAAUAUUUUCUAAUUUGUAUUACAAAAGGAAGCAGUAUCAAUGUGUAUUUCAUUAUUUUUUAUCUAACAUCAAACAGAUUAUUCCGAUAAAUUAAACAUUCCUUGUAUGAUCAUUAUAUCAUUGUCAUAAUUUAUAAAACAAAUAAUUUAUAUUAAGCGCUUAUGAUAAAACUAUGAAUGAGGUGCUAGCAAAGAGAUCAUUAAACAAUAAAUGAAGAUAAUAACUCGAUUUUUUAUGAAGAUUUAUUCAUUGAUGUGACUUUAGUUUUUGUUUUUGUUUUUAGGAUAACUCACUUCUGAUGUCUUCUUUGUUUUUAAUUGUUACUCUAAGACAAAUGAAUAUAAAUUGUAAAUAAAGUAGUUUUGAUUAUU